AGACUCGUUAGGUUUGCCAAACCAAUCCCCCAAAGGGGCCCUUAGGGCAAAAGAAAAAAAAAACCUCCCCCGCUCUCAUAUUCUCCUUCUCUCUCCUCCUCCGCCUCACCUUUUCUCUCUCUAAACUCUCCAAUGGCGACUGCAUCUGCUUCAUCUUCCCGAACCAGAACCCGGUCCAGUGGACCAGUUCUUCGCUCUCUUUCACCCUCUGGAAGGUUCUACACCGGCUCUUCCAAUGCCUCAAUCCAAUCCACCGCUUCGGCUUUCGCCUCCUCCACCAGCUCCAGCUUCUCGUCUCGGUCGUCCGCCUUUUUCAACAACCACCAGGACCACCACAGCCACUACCACCACACCGACUACCACCACCACCGUUCGGCUUCACCGACACGUGUCAAUCUCUACACCUCCAGUGCUCUGUCACCAGCUGUCCGCUUCUCCAUCGAGCACCGCUCCAUCUCCCCAAACCGAUCCAUCACCGCUUCCAAGAAGAACGGCCCCAUCGCGGCGGCCAGGAAGACGUGUAUGUGCUCGCCGACGAAUCAUCCAGGCUCAUUUCGCUGCAGUCUUCACAAGAAUCAAGGGAGCGCGAAUCAUCACAACCACAACCAGACGCCGUAUCCCAACAACAGGCUGAACAUGCGCAGAUCUGCCAUGACGAACUCGCUGGUUCGAAUCAGCGGCGUCGAGGGCGAGUGGGUUAAGAGAGCCUUGACGGCUCUGAUUCGUCCUUCUUCGCACCAGCAGAGGCGGAGAGCCGGGUUCCAGCCACGGCAGAGCAGACUCUCCGUCAUGUCCAAGGCCGGAUGCUAAGUGAUGGAUCUCUCUGAAUUUUUUUGUUUACAGAGCGACACAGGUUGGUUAUUUUCCGGUCAUUUCUCUAUUUUUGCGAUCUUAGAUUCCGGUGAGUCAACUCCGAGCAGCCGCGAGUGAACAGAUCCGAGCAGAUCAGAUCCAAGGCUCUUGCUCAGUCCAGCUCAACUCGGACGAAUUUUGAAGCGGUGGCGCCGAGUCAACCCGGCGAGUUUUGUGCUUCUGGAUGCUACGGAACGCCAGCUCGAAACAACACUGUUGAAGAGAAACUCCAUAUUUGUACAGUUGAAAUGAUAUGAUUUGCUAUGGAAAUUGGAAGGAACAAUUUUCGGAACCA